CCAAACGGUACUUUGGUGCAAAGUUACCAGACAUUGACACUGCAAGACUGGACGACAACAAAUACUAUAAGGAAAAUUCGGUCAUGUUUUAGCAUGGAAUAGAUGGCUAUCUUGCUGAGGAGACCAUCGUCCCUCCAAAAGCACUGGAACAUAUUGGGAUUGUCACGUUUAUUAUGCACAAGUUCUAGCCUAUCCCAGCAAUCCCUUGAUCUUUCAGAAGAGGUGCAACGAUUAACUGCUAUCGAGCGUGAAGGUGGAGGCUCGCGUGUAGCAGCACGCCUCAGAAAAACCGGCCGCACACCUGCAAUAUUGUUUUCUCUGCCUCAGAACGAGUCUAGACUCAUAUCAGUGGAUUCCAAAGAAGCCACGUCUUUGGUCAGAAUACAUGGAAGGAAGGGAUUGCUGAGUCGAAUAUUUCAACUGGACCUGGCAGUGCCAGAUAAGCCUGUGCAAUCCUAUCCAGUUCUGCCGAGGCUUGUCCAUAUCAACUCUGUGACUGAUGAAGUGGAGAACAUUACCUUGAUGCACUGUCCACCAGAUCGGAUGGUCACAAUUGCCGUUCCAAUAAAGAUUGUGGGCGAGGAAUUGUCUCCUGGGAUAAAGAAAGGAGGACAUCUAAACCUUGUGCAGAGGACUGUGAAAUGCAUGGGUCCUGCCUCGGCAAUUCCAGAGUCCAUUGAGAUUGACAUUUCAUCUCUUGAUUUUGGCCAGCGCAUCUACCCAUCUGGUGUUGCCAUUCCUCCUGGGGUCUCAACCGUGGGGCUGGUGGCGGGGCAGCCGCUUUGCAAGUUGGCUGGCCGUGCCGCACGAGACUGAUGACAAAUGUGGUCUGCGAAGUACUGCCACUGGUUUACUACUUCACUAAUUUAGACCUCAUCCUGUCGUAGCAUGCCUUGUCAUUGCGUUCUGCAGUUCACAUGACAAACUUAUAGCUGUGUGCAGAUGCUCCAAGAUGACAGUAUGUCACACAGUAAGCAGAUUGUGAUGGCAUCCUUACAUGCUACCUGCUGACAUGCUCCCAUCACAACUGUAAAGUUACAUUGCUGUCCACAGUUCAAGACCUUUCCGCCUGCCUGUCAGCGUCAUUUAUCAGGGAAACAAAUAGCUGUAAGAAGUCAUCAACGGUC